UAGUACCCAAUAGGUACACUCGCCUGUCGGGUGUGUGUUGGUGAAUAGUAAUUAUGUAGUGUUUACUUUUAAAUUUAACAUUACUUAAUUACAGUUUUUUCCUUAAAAUUUAAAAUUAUAAAAUAAUCCUCUACAGCCCAAAAAAUAUUAUGAUCAAACGCUCAUAAGAUACAUUCCAUAGAAAACUUCAGCAAGAUGGAGCCUAGCAGAAAAACAAGUCAUAUUCUCAGCAAAUAUUUGUCUGAGUCAGAUAGUGUACAAUCAAAUAAAAAUAUUAUUCGAGUGCUAUGGCUUUCACUUGUUGUAACAAUGCCAUGUUUGGCACCUGGAAUGAGUUUUGGGUAUGCUGCAAUCGCAUUGGAUCAACUGCCAUUGACAGUUAGCGAAGGCUCUUGGUUUGCAAGCCUUCCAUCAAUAUUUAUGCCUAUUGGAUGCCUACUUAGCGGACCAUUGAUUGACCGUUUAGGACGAAAAACAGCGUUAAUGGUUAUUAAUUUUCCAUCAAUCUUGGGAUGGCUGUGUUUGGCUCAACAACCUGUUGAUUUAACUGUUUUUUACAUUGGACAGCUAUUUGUUGGUUUAUCAGUAGGUAUGUCAUCAACUCCUGCCACAGUAUACGCCGCAGAAUGCAUUACGGUUAAUUACACGGGACUGAGAGGUUGUUUUACGAUAAUGACAUCGAUUAUGCUAAAUUUUGGAAUGUUCCUUACCUAUUUUCUCGGAAUGUUGAUUCCGGUUAAUUCUAUUGCUUACACAGCAGCGUUUGUUUCUCUAGCUUCUUUGUUAGGCAUUUGUUGUUUAAUUCCUGAGAGUCCCCCUUGGCUAUUUGGACAGGGUCGCCGCGGAGAUGCUGAACUAUCGCAAAAAGUUUUACGCAUCACUCAACCUAUACUGCAAGCGCCCAAAGUCGAGUUACUCGAGGAAAAGCCUGUGCAACGUUCAGAAUUUUUCGUAAGGGUUCGCGAUCCCGACGUUUACAAGCCUAUUAUUAUUAUGACGACGUUUUUAUUUUUACAACAAACUAGUGGAUCUUUUGUAGUAACAACAUACGUGAUCCAAAUACUGCAAGACUUGAAAGUUACCGUUAAUAGCUAUUUAAUUACAUUAAUAGUUGGUUUUACUAACCUCAGCGCCAUGAGUAUUUUGUCAUUACUGCUUACUAAAAACGGAUUCAAGCAAUUAUCACUCGUAUCAUGCUCUGGAGUAUCAUUAUGUAUGAUAUCAUUAGGAUUGUUCCUGUAUUUUGACGUUAGAGACGGUGUAAUAACCAAUAUAGUCGUUAUAGCUCUGAUAUUACUGUACACAGCCUUGAACGGACUUGGUUUGCGGCCAAUACCGUUUGCUAUGCUCGGAGAAGUAUUUCCAAGCGAUGUCGCCGGCGUAGCCGGUUCUUUUGCUACUUGUAGCUCUUCCAUUUUCAAUUUUAUCGCCAUCAAAAUGUACCCCUACUUUUUCAUAUGGUUGGGCCCAGGAGUAUUCAUAAUGUAUGGUCUUAUAUCAUCGCUUGCCAUUAUAUUUGUGAUAAACUUCCUUCCGGAUACUAAAGGCAAAACUAUACAACAAAUCGGUGAUGAUUUUACCAGAGAUGAUGAUGCGUCAACUACAACGGAUAUAAUUUAAAUUUUAGUAGCUUAUACAUUUCGAUCUCAAAAUUAUUCUUAUACUUUUAUAGAUAAUUCUUGUAAUAAUAUUUUAUUUUUAUGUUAACGUGUUGUUUUUCCUGAACUUUACAAAAUUAAAGUUUUAAAAAGGUACUAAUAUAAACAACUUUUGAACAAAUA